AUGUCUUUUGACUGUUCCAUUUUAGAUCUCUCCCACAACUUGAUCUCCGGACCUCUUCCAACCAAUAUUGGUGAGAUGCACCUAGAGACUCUGUAUCUCAAUAAUAACAGUAUCAAUGGCACGAUACCAUCAUUUUUAUGUCAAGAGGGUUUGUUUGAUCUAAAUCUUGGCAAUAAUAAGCUAUUCGGCAGUAUUCCCGAUUGUUGGACGGGUUUGACUUUGUCUCACUUGACUUUGUCAUUCAACGAGUUGUCUGGAGUAUUUCCAAGCUCGAUCGGAUCCUUACAAGGACUUUCAACCCUACACUUGAAUGGAAACAAUCUCAAUGGGGAGCUCCCUCUGGCUAUGGGUAGUUGCACAAGUUUGAUAAUUUUAGAUCUUGGAGAGAAUAACUUUUCCGGAAAUAUUCCGACAUGGUUCAACGAUAGCUUUUUCUACUUGCAGAUCUUGAGGCUACGAAAUAAUAGUUUUAGUGGCAGCAUUCCUCCGCAGCUUUGCUCACUCUCAUUAUUACAAAUAUUGGAUAUGGCAAUGAACAAUUUGACCGGAACGAUCCCAUCUUGUCUUGGCGAUAUAUAUGGCAUGAAAAGUCCAUAUCAAAACUUUCGACCUGAUAUAGAGUGGAGUAAAGAACAUGUGGUUGAGAUCAUGAAGGGAAGAUAUAAUGAAUACACAAAAAUUGAUCUGCAACUUGUGGUCAAUUUAGAUUUGUCAGUCAACAACUUGACUGGGUCGAUUCCCGAAGAACUUACUUUCCUCUCGAACAUGCAUGGUUUGAACUUGUCACACAACUUGCUCUCUGGAGACAUUCCCAUUAGCAUCGGGGACAUGAUGUCACUGGAGUCUCUUGAUCUUUCCAACAAUCACCUCUCAGGAGCAAUUCCUCAGAGCAUUUCAUCAUUGACAUAUCUAAGCCACCUCAACCUAUCACACAACAACUUUAAGGGGCAGAUUCCAAAAGGCAAUCAAAUCCAAACCCUCGACAAUCCUUCCAUUUAUGCGGGCAAUCCUUUACUAUGUGGUGAUCUUUUGAGAAGAGAAUGCCCUGGUUCUAAGGCACCUCAAGUACCGAAAAUCUCUCAUCCUAAAGAUACACAUGGAGAAGAAAAGCUUGAAGAGGCCUUGUUCUACGUGGUCAUAAUGUUUGGAGCUGCGACUGGGUUUUGGGGCUUUUUUGGAGUUCUGCGGUUCAAGAAGGACUGGAGGCGUGCAUAUUUCAGCUUUGUGGAUCAAGCAAUAAAUAAGGUACAUGUGGCUAUAGCGGUGAAGGUCGCAAAUUGGAAGAGACUGAGACAAUCAAGAAGUGCUUAA